ACCAAAUUCUCCCAGCGUUCACGACGAGCAUCUGCGUACUCCUUCCAAGCCCACGGCGGCAGUACCAAAUUCAUUGACGCAAAGCGCGGUUCCCGCUUUCUCAGCCCUACGCAUAUGUACACGUAGCAUGACGGACCGCAGAGCCUCCUUUGAGGGCCAUCCAGGGCGUUCAAGACACCGCAGCCCUACCUCGGAGGAGAAGCCGGACGGCCCUGAGAGCCUUACCACUAGUACCACAAUCCAAUCUCCCGCCUCUGUGCCUCGAAGACGCCAAUUGCGUGCCAAAUCCAUCCCCAAUGACCUCCCGGAGUCCUCACCCACGACGUGGGUAGAGACCGAUAAAGCAGAGCCACGAAAGGCCAGAGGUAGUCGGGCCACCCAGCGGAAAGCUUCAGGAAGCAACUCUCCCCGAAAUUCAGCCUCACCUAAGUCGUCAACUACGGAAUUGGAGCAUACGGACAAGGAAAAGGAUAACGGAGGCUUCCUCCCAAAACUUACCAGGAUACCUGAGGGGAACGAGAGCAAGACCGCGAAAAGUCGGCGGAGCUCCACAUCCAGCUCAGUUGAUGAUCCUGCCCCGGUUCGCCGCCCUCGCCGCCCGUCAGAAAAUGUACCCGUAGUCCAUCGACUAAUCCGCCAGAAGCACGGCUCAUUACGACGGCGUGCUGAAAGCCUUGGUAAUUUACCAAACCCAUCUCUCCUGUCAGUCCUCUCCGGAGUCACCAACCAGUCCAGCAGUUCUGGGGGAAGCACUUCAACCAUCACGCAAAAAUCGUAUGACAAAACACACAUAAAUAAGCGCAGACAGACUAAAGAGAGGAAACGGCUUCAAACAAAACGUGCACAGACAGUAGCCCAAGCCAUGGACCCUGAACCACAAACACCAGCCUUUUUCCAAUACAUACAUGAUGGAUCGACGUCUGACCAUUUUCUUACCAGCAAACAUGGUCAAGCUAGGCCUACGUCGUCGUCAUCUUCAACGUCCAUCUCUUCCUCCUCUACCUCGUCUCAUGGCAUUGAACACAAUGACGGGGCAUCCUCAAUUGCUGAAGACCGUGUUACUGAAUCUCCGCUCACCUCACCAGCUUCAACCAGAAGGUCGGACCGAGAAGAGCCACGAUGCAAAGACAUGUCAAGCAGCGACUCAGAUUUAUCUGUCCAGGAGAAUAGUACUCAGUCUGUCCUACCUCCGAUCAGUCAUCAUGCUAUUUAUCACCAGGAUGAGGAAGAGGAAGAGGAAGAGGAAGAAGAAGAAGAUGAUGAUGAUGAUGAUGACGAUGACGAGGAGGAGGGAGACAGUGAUGAGGGUGUGGAAUAUGAUGUUGAGGAAGCAGACGAUCGUCACGCGCACCAAUACGCCCUCGAGCGAUCUGAGCCCCCUAGGCUUCCCUCAGCAUCUUCCUCGCGCCACAGUGACUCUCACACGCGGCGUCUGAGGAAUCAGGAACAGGAGCUCAGGGACCAUGUCCUCCAAAACCCCCAACCACAACGAGACUUUCAAUUUGCGGGUGCCCCUUCACCAAAUCCACAUCCAGCAAUGCCUCUGUACGAUGCGUACUCUCACUCUGGUGCCUCGCCUGCCAAUUUCUUUGCUCUAGCUCCCCAUCCUGCUGGCUGGGUUCCCCCUGCGCCGCCUCCACCCGCCAUAGGCUAUUAUUCGCCCCCGCAAGUGCCGCCUGCGCCCUAUCCACCGGUAGCUGAUAAUAGUUAUGCCAUGGCCUCUCGCAAUCCCAUGGCUGCUCCCAGCACUGUGGUUCAACCACCGCCAUUCCACCAUCCUCAUGCGCAACCACCCCACUACCAACCACACCCAACAGGGCCUGAUUCAACCAAGACCACGGUCGUGGGAUACGAAUUAUUGGCUGACAAACUGACUGAACUUUCAAAGAAUGACAAUGAGACCACUGGGGGAGGAAAAGUGAUCCCGAUGUACCGCAAAUUCGAGCAUCUCAACCACCGCGUGCUGCUCCACCUUCAAGACGAAAUAUCCGAAUUGGAAGAGGAGCUCCGGUAUCUCGACGAAUGCAUUGCGCAAAUAUCACCCAGAACCGAGACGGGUCAUGUAUAUCCGGCAUCAAGGCGUGCGGAGGCUCGCUAUGGGGGUGACUUGCAUUACAGAAGGACGGAUCUCCUCGGCAGGAUUUAUUUAAAGCUGGGCCAAUACAAUCAAGCACUCUCUUCAUUCAGCAGUGCGGUGAAGAACUUGGACGCUGCCAAUGCGGAAGAGAUCCAAGCCUACCGUACUUGGAUGGAGAAGCAUGCUCCGAUUGAGCUCUCUGAGACUCGAUUUCUCGACCGCAAAGAUGACUUGCUUGCCAUCUCGCGAAGGAGGUCAGCAAGCAACGUUGGUGGCGUAGGGCCACACCAAUCCGCAGCGAUCGGGCUGCCACUGAUUCUAGUUCUUCCCCUCUUUUCUUUCGCCUUGGUGCCCACUUUACUAGGAAGACUCUUUAUCAUCAUUCUUAUCGGCGCCGCAGAGGUGACGGUAGUAGCAUCCACUGAGCUGAUGGGCGUGAUGACGAUUGGGGAAUGGGUUACGUGCGCGUCAAUGUGAGUACAAUGAUUUCCUUCACAUGCACAUGUCCACCGAUACGAGGCAAGCAAGACCAGUCGAAGUGAAGCUGAAGCUGGUGAUUGCGGGGCUAUCGUGUCCUCGCCACCCACUCAUUGCUAGCUCGCGCACCAUGCACGAUGCCGAGCUGGAUGGCGACUUAAUGCCGCGAGGGAGAUGAGGAGAGGCUCGAGCCGACGAGUCGCCUUUAUCU